CAGAUGACAGAUAACCUCUCUGAAUAAACUGCUUAAAUUUUUAACCUCUCUUUUUUGGAAAAUUUUUGAAAUUACGUUACUAUCUAUUUUCUUUUUGAAAUUCAGUAGAAGCAAUGGACGAUACAUCUGCAUUAUCAAGUUUAACUGGCGCUCAAAAAGAUGAACUUAUGGAUCAAGUCAAACAACAAAUUGCUGUAGCUAAUGUGCAAGAACUACUAACUAAAAUGACUGAGAAAUGUUUUAAAAAAUGCAUCAACAAACCAGGCACUGCUUUAGAUAGUUCAGAACAAAAAUGUAUUGCAAUGUGUAUGGAUAGAUAUAUGGAUUCUUGGAACCUAGUUUCGGAAGUAUAUCGUCAAAGAAUUCAAAGAGAAAGGCACAGAAUGUAAUCAACUAAUUCAGACGGACAACUCUAAAUUAGUUUAAAAUAGUAGAAUGACCUAGGAAUGAUUCUCUGAAGGAGCUUGGCAUUUGAACUAUUUGCCAUUAAUUUAUAUUAGGUACAUGUUAUUUCUUUAUGUUCUGAAGGUGUAUUCAUUAAAGAAAAGUAUGAUAUGUUA